GAGGAGGAAGGGGGGGGGAAGAGCAAAUCAACUGGUCCGUUUUCGAACCUCACCGUACAGCAGCCGAGUCCUGCCAGAGCCGAGUGUCCUUCUCGUGCGCCUGCCGACCGACCGACCGACCGACCGACCGACCGACCGAGUGACUCCUCGGCCGGGGGAGAGGACGCAGCGGAGACGCCGGGGCUCUCCCCGGCCCAACGCCGCCAUCGCCGCGGGACUUGCUCCUUUCACGGAGGAAGCAAGGGAAGCAUGAUGGGCUUUUUGCGCCGGACCUUCAGCCUCCGCUCGAGGAGCCGCCUCCAGGGGAGGGAGAGGGACGAGGCGGACGGGCCGGCCGGAGGGGGGAACCCCCUGCUCAUGGCCCACCAGCAGCAGGUCGUCCACGCGCCCGCCGUGGUCACCGGCGGAGCGGCCGUGCACAUCCCGGCCGCCGGCACCGCGAGGAGCGCCAUCACCUGCCGGGUGCUGCUGCUGGACGGCUCCGACGUCAGCGUGGAUUUGCCCAGCAAAAGCAAAGGCCAGGAUCUUUUUGAGCAAAUCAUGUAUCACAUAGACCUGGUGGAGGUGGAUUACUUUGGGCUGCAGUACAUGGACGCGGACCAGGUCUCGCGCUGGCUGGACGUGUCCAAGCAAAUCAAGAAGCAGAUCCCAGAUGCUCCGCCGUUCCGACUCUUCUUCCGGGUAAAAUUUUACUCCUCAGAGCCAAAUAACCUACAUGAGGAAUUUACAAGGUACCUGUUCGUGCUGCAGCUUCGACAGGACAUUUUGUCUGGCAAAUUGAAAUGUCCGUACGAUGUCUCGGUUGAGCUGGCCGCAUAUUGUUUGCAGAGCGAGCUGGGCGACUGCGACCCUUUGGAUCACUCCCCCGAGCUGGUGUCGGAGUUCCGCUUCACUCCCAAGCAGAGCGAGGCCAUGGAGGCCGACAUCUUCGGCAGGUGGUUGGAUCUCAGGGGGGAGAGUCCGUCUCAAGCCGAGAUCUCCUUCCUCAACAAAUGCAAGUGGCUGGAGCUCUACGGCGUGGACAUGCACUUCGUUAAGGGGAGAGACGGCGGGAACUACGCGCUGGGCCUCACUCCUACCGGCAUCCUGGUCUUCGAGGGCGCCAACAAAAUCGGCCUCUUCUUUUGGCCCAAGAUCACCCGUCUGGACUUUAAAAAGAGUCGACUCACGCUGGUGGUGGUGGAAGACGACGAUCAGGGCCGCGAGCAGGAGCACACGUUUGUGUUCCAGCUGGCCAGCGCCAAGAGCUGCAAGCACGUGUGGAAGUGCGCCGUGGAGAGCCACGCCUUCUUCCGCCUACGCCAGCCCAGCGCCGCCAAGCCGGGCCGCAGCGACUUCACGCGACUCGGCUCGCGCUUCAGAUUCAGCGGCAAAACGGAGUACCAGGCGACGCACGGAAGCCGUCUUCGGCGGGCCAGCACCUUCGAGAGGAGGCCCAGCAAACGAUAUCCGUCCCGCACGCAGUCGCUGGCCAAAGUCUCUGCCAUUUCGCCAGCCAAGCCGCCGCACCUCAGCCCCGACGCCGGCCCACUUGCGUACCAGCACAACAUCCCGCUGGUGGCCCACGAGGCCUGGCGCCCCCCCUACGCCCCCGCCCUUUACCUGCAGCCCUCCGGACACAGCUUCCCCCUGAACGCCACCGCUUGCGACCUUCAGCUGAGCGUGGAGGAGAACGACAACGACACGUCGUAUUCGACGGCCGAGCUCCGCCGCCGUCGCCGCUGCAACUCGCACUGCAAAAUCCAGUGCCGAGCUUCGGCCCGUCUGGGAGAAGAGCCGGACGCGUCGCCGUCGCCGUCCCCGCGCGAGGCCGAGACCGACUCCGACUCGGACUCGGACGGCGAGCGCCCCGCGUGGCCCUCGCUGCGCGUCAACAUGGACAACAAGGGAGAAGAGAAGCAACUCUCGGAAAAAUCUCUCCACCCGUCCGCCGCUUCCUCCCCGUCGCUGCUUCCCAACCACCUCAAGUGCAACAUCCUCAAGGCCCAGAUGGAGGCGGCUUUCGGGAGGGAAGGCUCAAUAAGUCCAAGAGUGAAAAACUCGGACGCGCCGCUCAAGGACAGGUAUCCAAACUCUUCUCAAGACUCGUCGGCGUCCAGCGCGCCCGCCGGCAAAACGUCCCCGAGACCGGACGUCCGUCCGGCGUCCGAGAGGCUGCGGCCGCCGUCGGGUUCGUGCGCCGACCGCAGGAAACGUCUCGUCAGGCAGUUCAGCUUUAACCACGAGGAUGAGGACAACCUCCCGGAAGCCCUGGCGGCCAUCUCUUGCGAGCGCACGGCCAAGUCCGGCUCGUCGACGUCGCUGGACCGGCAGAUCCAGCCGUCCAUCUACCCGCAGGUGGACAACGUCGCCAGUCCGUGCCGCGUGUCCCCUCUGCCCUCCCCCCACCUCUCUCCUUCGUGCUACUGUAGCCCCCUCCCUCGCUUGGCCCCCUACCUCGCAGCCCGUCACGACAGCGGAGAGGAAGUGAGGCUGGACCGGGAGAAGAUCCUGCGAGCCCUCCUGAUGACCGAGCUGUGAGCGACGCCGCCACGCGCCAGCGCGAACCCCCGAGCGUCCACCGCAAUCAACUUUGAUCUGUUUGAUUUAUCGACUUAUGUAUUUAUUUGCGGUACGCACACUCGUGAUGCAGGAAUGGGAAUAUGUACAGUGGAUAUCAAAAGUCUGCACACCCCCCCCCUCCCCCUCCCCGGUUCAAAUGCUGGUUUCACUCCAAAGCUUUGCCGCAAUUAAUGUCAUGAUUUGGGCCGCAAAUGGGUCCUCUAUGACGAAUUGAUCUAAUUUUUCCACGCAGCGUCGUUUAUUUUCACCUUCUCCGUGUCUGACGGUAUCGGACAAGACUCCGGGCGUCGUGCUACGAGACAAAUUUCCGUGUCGUCUCCAACUGACUUAGCGUUGAGCGAUGCUUAGCUCGACCGGCAAUAUGGCGACGUACAAAGUCCCGCGAUUUUAUGACGUCAGAGGGUGUGCACACUUGUGCAACCACAUAAUACCUGUUCAUUUUUACUUCCCCUUUCCUUCAAUCGAGUAAUACGCGACGGUGGAAAAUGUUUUGGUUUGUUUCUGAGGAGGCUGAAGAGGGUGUGUCGACUUUUGAUACCAAGCAAAUACGCUCCAGUGUUCCUUCCUUUGGACGCUAGACCGGAGCCUGCCGCACGUCAAGCGCUCCACGCUGCAAACUUUCCCGUACUUUAGUUGUACUUUCUUCCGUGACUUGAAUGUACUUGACUUAUUUUAAGAGAAUGUGACGUCACUUGCCGACGGAGCGCAAAUUUUU